UUGGCCGCCCGUGUGGAGUCAGUCGAUGGCACGUGCGGCGGUUGUUUUAUGCCCGACUCAAACCUACCAGUCUCUCUCGCGUAACAUCUGUGGGGCAUGUCUCCCAUCAACUUCCUCCUUCGGCUUCCUUGCGUAUCAACACCGGAGUACUCGCCGUACUCUCUACUGCGUCUUUGUCAGCAGUGAUGUGGAGACGGGCGUCACCGGCCACAUACCGUCCGCAACAUGCUCCAUGCACCAAACUCUUGCCAGGGGUCAUCCUUUUUCUCAUCUCUCGAUAUAGUUCACAGUCUCCCAACUAUGUCCUCUCCUUUGCGCUGCCACAUGGGCAAACCUGCAUGCCCUCUCAUCCUCCGGUCAUACUACUGGUGCAUCUCAUCGUUCUUUCUGGCAAGUCUUGCCCCCGCUACUCUAGCUUGCAAUUCAAGCCUUUUCACGGCGUCCAUCUGGCCCUUUAAAUAAGCUUCCAUCACUGUUUCUUCUUUCAGUCCCCCGUAAAUCUCUAGGCGGUGCUCACUUUUCAAUUACUUCGAUCCGUAAUUCUUGUACCCCCCGAACUCUUCCUUACUUUUUUGUCCCCUCCUAUCUUGUUCCGUUGUCUCUCCAUUUUUUGAACCACGUUAUCCCCAGAUAUUACCGAUCUCCCAUUCUUGCGGCAUUCUUCUCCUUAUACAUUACCGUUUGAGCUUCUUCGCGCCUUCUGUUCUACGUGAGUGCAGUCCUGCUCUACUGUAAACGUCGUGCCAAUAAUCAUCACCGGCACGGUAUCACUAACUUUGAAACCCCAUCCAUCAGGAAGUCGUUUUGCCCAUGUCUCAAACUCGCUGAAAAUUGCUUACAGUUUCUGGCUGCACCUCGCCUUCAGACUGCUCAAGCAUCCCUUCCCCCUCCAUUUUCCGGUUACGUUGGAUACUGUUCGUGAUGAUGAUGCGCCUCCAACACCGUCACCGCCAUCAGCUUUGUCACGAGUCCGAUCAGCAAACCCGCUGUGAGACGCAGCAACAGGAGGGGGGCUACCGUCGCCCACUGAGCCACGCCGAACCGCGGUGACAGGGAGCGAGAAUGGCGCGCAUCCGUCAAUUGCGUCGCCUUCCUGGGUGCCCCUCGGGGAAACCAUAGGUUUCGCGCUCGCCUUGCCAGAAACCACGGUAGCUUCCCUUUGCGACCUACCAUCGACCCCUGAGCCACGCCGAACCUCGGUGACAGGGAGCGAGAACGGCGCGUAUCCGUCAAUUGCGUCGACUUCCUGGGUGCCCCUCGGGGAAGCCGUAGGUUUCGCGCUCGCCUUGCCAGACACCACGGUAGCUCCCCUUUGCAAACUACCCACCGCAAGGCCCCUCAGGGUCCCUUUACCCCCAG